UGAUCCAAAAGAAACGAAUUCAAUGAAAAAGUAAUAGAAACCCAAAAGAAAGAUUAUAAGAAUAAUUCAUUUAUAUUUGAAGAUAGAUAAAGAGUGAGUGAAAAAUGGUGCUGUGGGAAAUCGCAUUGGGGACGGCUUAUUUCUUAGGGCUUAAACGAGCCUACAAGCUUGCUUUGAAAAUUCAGCGACGGAUUAUUAGCUCUAAACGUCCUAGAAUUCGGCAAUUUGCUCACAGACGAACACGAGCCGUAUUUGAUGUAGCACUCAAGGCUCACCAGAAUAUACAGCAGAGAGACAUAGAAGUUGGUCGAAGUAUUGGUAACUGGAUCCUCCGCUUGCUUGACAAAAUGAAACCUUCAGCCCAGAUCCGACCUCAUAGCCACCAGAAACCCCAUCAUGAUGCUGGCAAUGCAAACAUGAACACCCCAAAGCAGGUGAAUAACUCAUCCUCGUUGAAAACUCCUAGAAGCUUGCAGACACCACGAAACGGCGAAGCUGAUAGACGUCUGUUUAGCUCAUCAACAUUUAUGCUGUCAAAAUCACUCCCUACGAUUACAAUGAUGAUGCAGCCACCAAAGGCUGCUGGAAACAUGACUCAGUACAGGCAUUUGAGCAUCGAUGGACCUCACACACUGAGGUUGAACAACACAAGAGGUGGAGGAGUUAUUAGAAAGGAUAUAAUGCAAUGGAUGGUGCGCAACUGAAGGUGAAUACUCUUUCUGUUUUGCAUUUGUGGACUUUGGAAGGGGUUUUUUCAUGGGAUAAUAAUUUUUCAUU